AUGUCGUCUACCCCGCCAACAAGCUUGAUCGCUCCCCGCACAUGGACCCGGGAUAAUCGCAGCGAGUUUUUCAUUUCGACAGACCCAGCCUUACUGUCAGUUGCAGCAGUUAAGGCAGCAUUUGAACAGGACUUUGUCUACUGGUCGCAAAAGUCUUUUCCGGAGGACGUGCUCUGGCAGAUGCUCCAUGGCUCAAUGAGCUUUGGCGUGUACCGAUGGACGGAAUCCCCUGCCCCGGAGAAAACCGAUUCUCGUUCCCCACGCCCAGAGAAUACGGAGCAGAUUGGUCUGGCACGAAUGGUGACCGAUGGCGCCACGUUUGCUUAUCUCUCUGAUGUCUAUGUCCUUCCCGAGUACCAGGGGAAUGGACUGGGGAGGUGGCUCAUUGAUUGCGUUGCGGAGAUCUUCUCUAAAGAGAAUAUGCCGUAUCUGCGUCGGAUCAUCCUGCUCACGGAUGAUCAGCGGAUGCAGGACUUUUAUCAGAAGAUUAUUGGGGCGAAGGUCGUGGGACACGAAGAGCGCAAGGAUAUGGACCGGACGUUGGUUUUUAUGUGUGCUCGGCCCAAUGCCACUCCUUGA